AUUGGGUGGUCGCAUGGAGGUGUGGUCGCGGCAAACCUGAAGUGGUCAGAUCACAUCAACCGUGUCAGCAUACUUGUUUCUCUUCUUCCUCUUCUCUCCAUUUCCAUAUUCCAACCCCCUCUACUACCUCCAUCUGUCCUCUCCUCCCCGUCUUUCCAUUUUAAAUACGACGCUAUCUCUCUCUCGAAUCCUUCCCCCGGUCACUUCUCCUAUCUGUCUCUGUGUGUCUCCCCCAAGUUGACCUGCUGGAGGACAUGCAAGCGAUCCCCGAAAGAGCCCAUGACUAUGGGCUCGAAAAUCAACUCCGUGAACAGUUUCAACAACACGUAAUCGUCAUGAGGCACGGCGACCGGAUCGACAAUUUUCAGCCCCUGUGGGUGGCCACCGCUUCACGGCCAUGGGAUCCACCUCUCACGGACACCGGAAAGACCCGAGCGUUCUGCACCGGGAGGAAGCUUCGAAAAAAUCUAGGGUUCCCGAUUCACAGAGUGUUUGUUUCGCCUUUUCUCCGAUGCAUCCAGACCGCUGCGGAGGCUGUAUCCGCUCUCUGUGCAGUCCAGGACAACCCUCUCAAUAUGACAAGCGAAAACGUGGCCGUCGAUCCCUCCAAGCUCAAGGUCUCAAUUGAGUAUGGGUUGUCUGAAGUCCUAUGUAGGGAGGCUAUAAGACCUACUUUGGCCCCCAAAGAUGAAAAAUUUGUUUUUGACAUUUCUAAGCUUGAAGGGAUGUUUCCGGCUGGAACAGUGGACCGGUCUGUGGAGCGUGUAUACCAAGAGAUGCCAAAGUGGGAGGAAUCAGUGAUGGCAGCAAGGGCCAGAUACGAACGUGUUAUUUGUGCACUUGCAGAUAAAUUUCCUCGUGAAAAUUUGUUACUUGUCACACAUGGUGAAGGAGUUGGAGUUUCAAUUUCAGCAUUCUUGAAGGACGCAACUGUGUAUGAAGUAGAAUAUUGUGCAUAUGCACACACACAAAGACCAAUCACCUUCAACACUAGCCAGACAUUCACUGCAGGAAAUUUUAAAGUUUGUACAAGGAACACUGAUUCUGGAAUAUGCUAUGGUCUAUCAGGUUACUAUUAACCUCAUUUAAUGAUUCAAUCCAAGCAAAACGAUGGAGGCUUCUAUCUGCUGCCCGGUCUUUGGGUGCUUCAGCUGAUGAAUGAGGUGGAUUUCUUAUGGCCACGGCCAAAUAAGAUCCAAGUUCCCUAUCUAUAACCAUAACCAUGAUUUUAUUUAUUUCAAUAAUUUACUUGGAAAGUAGUGUCCUUUCCCAUUGCUUAUAGAGGAGCAGUGGGAGGGAUGUGGUUCUUUUCUUGUGAUGUAUUAGUUACUGCUUCUUUGGUAUUUGAAAGUAGAUUUGCAAUGGAAAUUAUACUCACUUCAUGAGAGAAAG